AUGGCUAUAUUAGAUAUUUAUUAUCAGAAUGUUCGGGGCUUAAGGACAAAGACGAAUGACGUUUACAAUAACAUUCUUAUGUCUAACAUUAAGGUGAUAGCUUUUACUGAAACUUGGCUCAAUUGUAAUAUAAAUAAUUCUGAACUGAUGGACUCUCGUUACGUAAUUUAUCGUAGGGAUAGAGUUAUUACAGCCACGUCCAAACAGGAUGGGGGAGGAGUGUUGCUGGCGGUCUCUAAAGAACUCCAUUCAAGGAGAAUGCCUGACUGGGAGAGCGCAGGCGAGGAUCUAUGGGUUGUUGUUGAUGUUGAUCUUUGUGGUAAAUCUGAGAAGUUGGCUUUGUGUGUCGUUUAUCUACCUCCUACGUCUAGCACGCAAAUGAAGUUAAAAACCUUGAGUGAUUUUUUAAACUCUGCCAGUCGCGUCUUACUAAAAAUGAAUAAAGUUGUCAUAUGUGGCGAUUUUAAUUUAAGUUUUAUUGAUUGGGUGUUUGAUAAGGAUACGCUGCAGAUUAUUCCUAGCAAUUAUAAUAACUCUAUUGGUACCGCGUUUUUUGAUUUUAUGCUUACUAAUAGUUUGAAUCAAAUAUGCGCUGUUCGAAAUUGUGAUGAUAGGAUCCUGGACCUGGUCCUUACUAAUGUUACUGGUGGUUCGGUUGUGCAAUCUUCAGACUUACUAAGUAGGCUUGAUCCGUUCCAUCCAAGUUUCGAGAUAACAUUUAGCCUUUCACCGACGUGUUUUUUGCGUCCAGUAUUGGGAGAUUAUCGUAGUUUCUACAAAGCUAAUUAUGAUAGAAUUCGGCAGCACCUGGGCGAAAUUGACUGGAGCAAGCGGUUUAGUCAUUGCGAUGAUGUCGAUAGUAUGACAUUAUCUUUCUAUAAUGAAUUAUAUAGUGUCAUAGACGCUAAUGUGCCUUUGACGACUAUGAAGAAGUCUAGGCAUCGACCGCCCUGGUAUACUAACGCUCUGGUGGGAAUGCUCACCGAAAAGGAAAAGAUUAGAAAAAGGUACGCCCGUUAUAAAAAUCCCCGUGAUCAUUUGGAGUUAAAAAUUUUGAGAAACCUUUGCCAUAAUUUAAAUAAAACUUGUUUAUCUCGUUAUAAAAGACGCAUGGAAGAGAGUAUUCAGAAGAAUCCCAAAACUUUUUGGCGUUAUAUAAAUAAAAAACGUAAUGGCGAUAACUCUGUUCCUUCUGUGAUGUAUUCUGGUAGUGAGUCUGCGAAUUCUGGUCAAUCUAUAGCGCAGUUAUUAGCUGAUCAUUUUUCCUUAGCCUGUAGUGAUUCUCAGCCUGUUUUACCGCUGUCUGUCGAAUCAAGUUUUAGUAAUAUUCUGUCGUUUGGUAAUAUGUUAAGCUUGCACUUUACGGUGAAACAGGUUGAGAAGGGUCUUGGUUCUCUGAAACCGUCAGGGGGUGCGGGUCCUGAUAAAGUUCCACCAGUUUUCCUAAUUCGUUGCCUUGUUGGCAAGGGGACUAACUAUAUCGGAUCAGAAAUCAAAUUAUUUUAUUCAGAUUUCGCACACAGAUUCACAGUAAAUACAUUACAGACUAUCGAUCAAAUGGUGGCUGAAAACUAA